UUGUGGUUGAAGUAAAGGUUGGCCUCUGUUGUUGUCGGAUGAUACGAUGCUGGGGCUCAACCAAAGCUGGGACCGUGAGCAGAUUUCAUCCGAUCCGAGAUCUGAGCUGAGCGGAGAGUUGAGCACAAAAUGUUGCCACGUAAUGGUUCAAAUGGUUGUGAGUUUUGUUAUUCCCCUCUCCAUGGUGUAUCCAUUGUAUGAGUGUGUAUCUGUGCCUGGCAUCGGCUUGCGCUUGCGCUUGCACGCCGAUCAGCAGCGAAAUGUAAAUGAAUAUGGAAAUAUGGAAAACACGUUUUCUUUGGCCAGCCCGAACUCCAAACUCCACAGAGCUCUACUGGACUGUUCCGCUGCUCGCUUUGACUUGUUGUAGUGAGAUGUAAAGUGAA